GUAUCCGCUUACUUGCACAAGCAAUAGGACCUGAUUCUGAUUCUUGUGGGCAUGUGCAGGGCACGGCCACAUGUAGACUACUACUACCAUGCAGUCGAUUGAUCAUUCUCAUUCGAUCCAGUCGAUUGAAUUCGAUCCUAUCAUUCGAUUGAGUGACAUAGUGACAUUCAUUCAGGUUUGGCAAGGGAAAAAGAGCACAGCUGCAGCGACAUCACGGGAAGAGACAAGAGAUCGACGAAGACGAAACCUCAACGGUACUAGUACUUUACCAUUAGCUAGCAACUCGAAUGCACUGAGAACAGUCCAACAACAACUCUCUUUUGGAGGCGGCUGCGAUACGUUUCUUCCUUCAUACCACGUUAUUAGUGACACCGCACUAUAGUGGACAAAAAGUACAUUAACCCGUUGUCGCUGAGGAACAAACAACAAAGUGUUCAUGAGAGGACCUGAUAUCGGCCUUGUCCUUCUUCUGGCAGUAGGAGCCAUUUUAUUCAACCUUGACCAGGCUGGAGCGACAAGAAGAAAUAUUCUUGAAGAAGCCAGCAAUCCCGCCAUCAAUCUGAAUUCCACCCUUCAAUAUGAUUACUUGCCAAUAUGUAAUCUGACCACCAAGCAGCUGGGUGAAUCAGAUAGCACAGCAAUCAUUGAGCCAUGCAUUUUACAUGAUGUUUUCCCUGCACCCAACAAUAUCACAGAAGCACAACACAACCACAGCAGCAUUAUCACUGUCGUGGGGGUGUUUCCUUCACAUUAUCCCCAACAUCGUGAUGGUGCUGUUGUUGCAGUGCAGAAAAUUAACGAAGACAACCACGGCAGAGGUGCCAAAAUUGGAUUCAAUGGUGACCACUUUCUUCAGUUUCGGUUAGUGAUCGCAAUCGCUGGCAACUCUCAGCACAUGUCACCUGAAACCUAUGCCAAAAACCAUGAGUGCAUUCUUGAGUCUAUGAUAGGUUCACUGAAGCCUCAAUACAUCAUGGGAUCCAGCUCAUUUGUUGCCAAACACGACAAGAGGAUCGCUGGAGAGUACCAAACCAUUGUAUUGAGCCAGGUGGGCCCAGACGUAUUCUACACCCAAGACUCCAAUGACUAUGUCUUUGGUGUUCAUAUUCGAAGUGAAACUUAUGGAAUACCAGCAUUUCAGGCGUUGAAGUUUAGUGUGGAGGACAGGACCAAACAAAAGAUACGAAUCCUACACCGAGACAGGUCAGAGUUUUUUAACUCUACUUGCCUGGAGAUCUACAAGCAUGCACUACAGGAUGGAUUUACCGAUGCUGUUGCAAUCUCAUACAAUCCUGAGGGUGACCACGAUGAUAAUGGGGUGCAGAAUCAGCAUGAUGUGGCUUUCUUGAGAGCUCUUGCAGAUGAUAUGUGCCCACCAAACCAAACCGCCAGCAAUGAUGAUCCUCAAACCGCAAUUUGGGCAUGUGUCCUCACUGACCUUGAAACCAAUACUGUACUGGACCGUUGGAAGGAGAAUGGAUGUCGGCCUUCGUCUUUGUGGCUUACUACAGCUUCCUGGGCUUAUGCAGAAAGAUUCCCAGAACGGUUACCAUAUACACAAUCAGGCGGGCAAUGGCACAAGGCAAUGAUGUACUCUGAUGAGUACUUCCCGAAUGGACAGGCCAUGCUGGACUAUCUUGAAUCAUGGUUUGGUUAUGCUCCGGCCUAUGGUGCCUUGGGGGCCUACCAUGCAAUCUACCUCAUGUACAAAAACACAGCAAGUUUUGUGAAAACGAAGGAUUUCCCCAAUGUCCAUGACAUAUACCAAAAUCAGUAUGAAGAAAUUCGCCGCCACCUGUUGGGAUUGAGCGUGCGUCGCUCGCUCUAUGGGUUGACCAGUUUUGACGAGAACCAAAGAAACAUUGGAAGGGGGUCAGCCGGCAUGCAAUGGGGGAUUCCUUUUGGUUCAUCAACAAAUGAGACUGAAAUGGAACUACUCCUUGUGUCGCCCAUAGACCAAGCUGAAGUUGCAGUUGAAGUGCCAGCUCCCACAGCUUUGGAUUGUCUAGCUAGUUACUUUGUGAAUCAAUCAGCAAUUGCCGAAGAGAGCUCAAUACUCACAGACAAGUGCAGUCCCUGCCCUGUCGAUACUUAUCGAAUGGUGGGAAUGUCAUCAUAUGAGUGCCAACCCUGCAAAGAUGGGUCCGGGACUGAUGCUUCCGCGGGUGCUGCAAUAUGCCAUCAGGUGGAAGACAAUCUAAUUCCGAGAGGGCUGUUAGCUUUUGGAUACUGCAUCAUGUCGCUGUCAUUGUGUUGUUCCCUUGGAUUUGGAGUUUGGACUGUUAUUCAUCGCCAUGACGCUGUGGUCAAAAUUGGUCAAAUUGAGUUCCUUCUCUUGAUCUGUCUGGGUUCCAUGAUAUCAAGUUCUUCCAUCAUCCCACUCUCCAUCCAAGCUGGGACAAAAGACAACACAAGCGCUGCAUCUGCGGCCUGCAUAACUAUUCCGUGGCUCUACAGCACAGGAUGGAUUACCCAGUAUGCCAGCUUGUUUGCCAAGUCCUACAGAAUGUUUCAGAUGGUGCAAAAUUCCACUGCAAUGCGGCGUACUAGUGUGACAGCAUGGGAUGUGGCCUAUUUGGUUCUUGGGUGUUUGGUAAUCAACUGGGCUGUGUUGACUGCCUGGACUGCAGUUGAUCCGCUGACAUGGACUAGAGAUGAUGUGGGGACUACUGUGGAUGAAGAAGCUGGCAUCAUGACUACAGAGUCUGUUGCAGGAUGCUCAUCUGACAAUAUGGGAGCCUGGCUUGGAUCCUUGUUGAGCUUUCACCUGACCAUUAUGAUUGCGACCAAUAUGCUGCUUUGGAAACUUCGUGGGGUUAGAGACCGCUACCAAGAAUCCAAAUACAUCACCCUGGCUUCCUUGUUUGCGUUUGAGUUUCUGUUGCUUGGGGUUCCCAUUUUGAUUGCGGUUGGGGACUCCUCCGAGGCCCGUCAUAUUGCUCUUGUCUGCAUUAUUGGGUUGACAGAUCUUGGAGUUCUCUUGUUUGUUUUUGUCCCCAAGAUUAGAUAUCAACAGAAGGGACUUCCUGCUGGCAUGACAGUGGGAAAAAGCAUCUUGAAGUCAUCACACUUCAAGCCUGCUCUGCGAGGAAGCAAUAAUGGAGAAUCAACCACAAGAAGGCCAGCAGUUUUAACAGAAUCGGACCUGGAACUAAAGCCUGCGCUGCAAGAAGAAGGAGAACAAAAAACACAAUUAUGAUUAGUUAGGAGCUACUGAGCAGCAAAUUUCAAGGAUGGGAAAUUGAAGGUGCCCACAGGGACUCUGAACCGGAGCCUUACAUUUAUGUGGGGGUUCUAGAGAUGGAAGACAAAGCCAGGAAUUUGCUACCUGACCCUUGCAUUCAAACAGGUCCUUUUUUGGGGGGUCUGAGAAUGUAACAGAAUCAAGCCAAGCUUUUUUGUAUCCAGAACCAAUCGACAGGUGUCUGUGAACGAUGCAUUAUUUUGUGAGGAUGAGGAGACACCAGAUGAUAUUAUACCUCUUGGACUGAUGCGUUGCAGGAUGGAUGGUGUCUCCACCUAGCUACCAUGGCAUACCCUGCGCCUUCUCCCUGUGGUCGACCUAGAGAGUAUCCAUGAUGGCAUGCCGCUGGCUCUACACAACCUGGAACUGUACAGUGUAUCACAGCAGUACUAGCUAGCCAACGAUUGUAAAUAUGAAUGCCAAGUCGAGGUUGGAAUGCCUGAGCACGUUAUACAGAACAAUCGCUGCGGUCUUCCCAGUUUUCAACACUUUCAGCAUCCUUCAGUUUCUCAAGUAGUGCUUCCUUCUGGCUCACUGUUGACUCGGGCUGUUCCUGCGUUUGAGUUUGAU